AUUUGCCACCUGAUUACGUAUACGAGCCCGGAUGGUCUAGUGGUAUGAUUCUCGCUUUGGGUGCGAGAGGCCCCGCGUUCGAAUCGCGGUUCGGGCCCAUCUUCUUUUUUUGUUUUUAUUAUUCCCCCCUCUCUUCUUCCAUCGUAUUCGUUAUACUAGAGUACUCUUUUGAUUUUCUUUCCACCCUCUCUUUGUCAUCUCCCUCUCUCUAUCUCCAUCCUUGUCUUUAUUUAUUCAGCCCUUGAAUAGUUCAAUUUGGCCGCCUUGACCCAUUGACACUCCGGUUCCCAAAGGGUAUCCACGUUUCUAAUCAUCUUUGCGUUCCAGCCCGAUCUACUCAGAUAUGAUUAAUCUGUGUCAAGAAGCGCCUACUUUCACCAACCCUUUUUGAUAAAGACUGACAGGGAGAGGUCGAGGUUGCUGGGAUUAAGCCCACCAACUAUUAUCCAUCCAACCCGCGCUCGAAAGACAUGCCUGCACGCGUCUGUAUCAAUAUAGAAAUACCUCUGGCCCAUCAAGUUGGGAAAGGAUGUAAGAGUAAGCAUUCGCAAAUAAUGUCAAGGUGUGAGUGAGUAUGCUAUACAUGACUGGUUUGAAAACCUGUACUUGACUUCUCACACAUAACCGUAGUAGAUUCUGUCCCAG